CCAAACACGACGAUCAUCAAUUCAUCCUAUAAUGCCAUUGACCUCGGAGUCUUCCGAGUUCAUGUUCCAGCUGCACCAUAGCAUGUAUUAUCAAUCACUGCAGCACCUGCAGCUUGCAUCGAUUGCACCAUCCCUUCCUUUCGGAUGAGCUUUCGAAUAGAGGCAAAUGCCCCGAAAGCUUGUCUCCGCAGCUGUCACGGUACGUGCUGGAAAGUAGCGUUCUUGGAAUCUAGGACUUUUAUCAUAUUAUCUAACAAACUUCGAAAUAUAUGAGUGUCACAGUCAUGACAGACGGAAACAAAGCACCAAAGAGGCCCAACUUUCUCCUAGUCGUCGCAGAUGAUCUGGGCUGGUCAGAUGUGGGCGCCUUUGGAGGUGAAAUCCAGACCCCAAAUCUUGACAAAUUGGCACACAAUGGAGUACGGUUGACGGAUUUUCAUACCGCCAGUAUGUGCUCUCCCACGAGGUCAAUGCUCUUGAGUGGGACAGACAAUCAUAUUGCAGGUUUGGGCCAAAUGGCGUACUGGGGUGACAGCGACUCGCCUUGGAAAAAACUUCCAGGCUACGAAGGUUAUCUGAACGACCGCGUUGCGGCUCUACCUGAACUUCUCCAAGACGCUGGGUACUACACAACGAUGUCUGGCAAAUGGCAUCUUGGUCUCACGACGGACCGAACGCCUCAUGCUAGAGGAUUUGAUCGCUCGUUUGCCCUUCUACCUGGAGGCUCAAAUCACUAUGCAUACGACCCAGUGCAUCCUGACGGGCGUCGUGUUUUUGCUCAUUGGGCAUCAUUAUACGCUGAGGACGACAAGAUAGUUGAUCCCAAGACAUUCCCUGCAGACUUCUACUCGUCAGAUACUUACACAUCACGGUUGAUUGAGUUUCUGAAAGAGCAAAAGUUCGAUGUCAAGAAGGCAGAUGCUCCUUGGUUUGCCUUCUUGCCUUUCACAGCCCCGCACUGGCCCCUUCAAGCCCCAGCUGAAGUCGUGAAGAAGUACCAAGGAGUUUACGACGAAGGUCCUGAUGUAUUGCGAGCAAAGAGGUUACAAAGUCAGAUCAAGCUUGGACUGCUCUCCGCUGAUGUAGAACCUCAUCCGGUUGUUGCAACCGACAAAGAAUGGUCAGCGAUGGAAGCGGAUGAGAAAAUGUGGUCUGCCAAAACUAUGGAAGUCUUCGCUGGUAUGGUAGACCGCAUGGACUGGAACAUUGGGCGAGUUGUGAAGUACCUUGAAGAGACGGGAGAGAUUGACAAUACCUUCAUCUUUUUCAUGUCGGACAACGGUGCCGAAGGUGCGAUUAUCGAGGCAAUUCCCAUGACUGGAGAUGUUAUCAAGCAGUCAAUCAGCAAGCAUUAUAACAACGAUCUCGACAAUCUUGGUAAUGCAGAUUCAUUCAUAUGGUAUGGGCCAAGAUGGACGCAAGCUUCCACUGCACCAUCGGCACUGCACAAAAGAUUCGUGACCGAAGGCGGAAUUCGAUGCCCAGCCAUCGUUCAUUAUCCACAGCUGUUUGGGGCUUCAAAGGAUAAGAUCUCGGGAGCUUUUACCACCGUAAUGGACAUUCUUCCUACCAUACUUGAUUUAGCUGGAAUUCCGCAACCGCAGGGCCACUUCCGAGGAAGGGAGGUCGUUCCGGUCAAGGGCAAGUCCUGGGUUCCACAUCUGUCUGGAAAUACCUCGAAGGUGCAUAAUGAAGAAACGGUGACAGGUUGGGAACUGUUCUUCCACCAAGCUGUCAGGAAAGGAAAGUACAAAGCCGUAUUCACUCCCAAGCCAAAGAGGCCGGAGAAAUGGCAGCUCUUCGACUUGGAAAAAGAUAUGGGCGAGAUCCACGAUCUAGCAGAAGAGAAGUCGGACAUCUUGGACGAGUUGGUCAAGUAUUGGAUGAUUUAUGUCGCGGAAGUUGGCGUUUUUCUCAGAGAGGACCUCCCAGAAGGAUAUGUUCUGCCAAAGCAAUGAGUGCUAGUAGUGUUGUUACAAUCGGACUAUCGUCCCAAAUCGAAGCUUUCUCGUAUCUGUGGGUAUGACCAGACGAGAGUCAAAAUAUAUGAACUUCGGAGUACAGUGUGUUGAGAGCUUGCAUAAUGGCAUACCCAGUC